GCAAAAACAAACUCGCGGUUAAGAUCAUCAGCAUUUGUUUUUUUCAUCAACGAUGCCGCCGACGACGGAAUUGGACAGCCAGGACGCUGUAGAGGAAGCUGUACCUAUGCAACCUAUCGAGAAAGGAACUGAGACGGUGCCUCGGCACUUUGGGGAUAUUAUGUCCUCGAGAGAAACCACUUUGAUAUUACCAACUGACUUUUCUCCCAUGGAACGCAUACUCUUGACAGCGAAUGGAAAUGUGCAAAGAAUUCUUAGCGCCUAUUACAACUCUACGGUUUCGGUGGACAUUAUACACAACGAGUUAAUCAACGAGGAGAGUGCCUCGAAUGCGGAGACGGAGAGCGUCUUUCGGCGCGAGGUCAAUUUGCGCUGCUUGAAUCAGAUCUGUUGCAAUGCGAAAAGCACGGUGACGAUUACAGAUCCAGAAUAUCUGCGACUCAUUCUUGAACAGCAAGUUGGCAUUGGACAACUCUUCAGAUAUCUCAACAUCUUGCCUGAAUUUGAACUGCUACAAGUCGGCCGAACCGUGAAUAGCUUUUGGAGGGAAUAUGACCUUCGAUCAAACGGCGUGAAUUGCCGUAUUCGGGAGGAGUUUCCGUUAGGCGUGUUCAACUUACAAGGGACUGAAACGACGGCAUCCACAAGCCCAGUAUGCAUCCAGACUUCUGAAGUCAAUUGAUGUCGAGGAGUUGCUUAACAUAUAGAAUCAUUAAUGGACCGCUAUCGACGCUAUGUAUAUAGAUUUUGUAUAUUCUAAGGAGAAAGUAUAUGUACAUACUAGUAGCCCUAAGCCUUCACCCUGAUGUCGGCCGGUUCGUGCCUUUGAAGUACACGUUCAAAGUGUUCAACUAAAGGCAAAAACUUCCACGACGUGGCACUCGA